AUGGAGCCUGUUCUGGAGGUCGACUUGAAGGGCGCCCUGCCGCUGGUCUCGCGCGGCAAGGUGCGCGACAUCUACCAGGUCGACGAACGCACGCUGCUCUUCAUCUCGACGGACAGAGUCUCUGCCUACGAUGUCCUCAUGGAAAAUGGCAUCCCGAACAAGGGCGAGAUCCUGACCUCGCUGACCGUGUACUGGCUCAAGUUCCUCACCGGAGCCUUGCCCUCGCUUCGUUCGCAUCUCGUCACCACCGACCUGCCCGCCGGCGUGCCAGUGAACAGCCGUGACAUGGCCAGGAACAGGAGCCUGGUCGUCCGGAAGCUCAAGGUCUUCCCCGUCGAGGCCAUCGUGCGUGGCUACCUCGCCGGCUCAGCAUGGCUCGAGUACAAGGAGUCCGGCACCGUCCACGGCAUCCCCUUGCCCGCCGGCCUCAUGGAGAGUGACAAGAUCCCAGACGGGCCCUUGUACACCCCGAGCACCAAGGCAGAGCAGGGCAAGCACGAUGAGAACAUUCAUCCCGACAAGGCUGCUGAUAUUGUGGGUGCUGCCUACGCCGAAGACAUCAAGGAGGUCUCCAUUCGCCUGUACGAAUUGGCCUCCUUCCAUGCCCUGCAGCGUGGAAUCAUCAUUGCAGACACCAAGUUCGAGUUCGGCCACGACGAGGUGACCAACGAGAUUGUCUUGAUCGAUGAAGUCCUUACCCCGGACUCCUCCAGGUUCUGGUCUCUGGAGAGCUACCAGCCCGGCAAGCCACAGGACAGCUUCGACAAACAGUUCCUCCGUGACUGGUUGACGAAGCAGGGCCUCAAGGGUAAAGAGGGAACCGUCAUGCCAGAGGACGUCGUCACCAAGUCCCGGGAGAAAUACAUAGAGGCAUACGAAAAAUUGACCGGCGAGACUUUUCGUGACUAA